CUGCCCGGGUUGCGCGAGCGAACGGUUGCUUGGCGCGCGCGAACCCCGGGUGUGUGGGCUCCGGUGACGACGCGUGGGCGAGGUUCUGGCCCGAGGCUCCGCCGCGCCGUCUACGAUCGAGACACGUCGGGGCAGCCGCCGCUCCUGUGGGCCCGUGACAGAGUCGAGGUCGACGGCGACAUCUCCUCCCCCGCUGCUUCCUGACGCAGGAUCCACUCAAGCGGAACCAUGUUCUCUCGUAUGUUCCUCAAGCAGGCCGUGAUACCUUUCACUGUUGGAGCAUGGGGUCUAAGUGGUGGCAGCCAAGGCAAGGGAAAAGGUGGCAAGGUGGACCAGGCGACCCUGGACAAGCUGGAGGCCGGCUUCAAGAAGCUCCAGGGUGCCAGCAACUGCCACUCCCUCCUGAAGAAGUACCUCACCAAGGAUGUCUUCGACAAGCUCAAGACCCGCAAGACAGCGAUGGGUGCCACUCUCUUGGAUGUCAUCCAGUCUGGCGUGGAGAACCUGGACAGCGGCGUAGGCGUGUACGCGCCCGACGCCGAGUCGUACACCGUGUUCGCCGACCUGUUCAACCCGGUAAUCGACGACUACCACAAGGGCUUCCCUCCUGGUGCCAAGCACCCGCCCACGGACUUCGGUGACAUCAACACGCUGGUGAACGUGGACCCCAAGAACGAGUUUGUCAUCUCCACCAGGGUGCGCUGUGGACGCUCGCUGCAGGGUUACCCGUUCAACCCGUGCCUGACCGAAGCUCAGUACAAGGAAAUGGAGAAGAAGGUCAGCUCUACACUCACCUCUCUCAGUGGCGAGCUCAAGGGCACCUACUACCCGCUCACGGGAAUGAGCAAGAAGGUUCAGCAGCAGCUCAUCGACGACCACUUCCUGUUCAAGGAGGGAGACCGGUUCCUGCAGGCGGCCAAUGCCUGCCGCUUCUGGCCAACAGGAAGAGGCAUCUACCACAAUGACAACAAGACCUUCCUCGUCUGGGUCAACGAGGAGGACCACCUCCGUAUCAUCUCCAUGCAGAAGGGAGGGGAUCUCAAGCAGGUCUAUGGCCGUCUGGUCAAAGCUGUAAAGGAGAUCGAAAAGAAGCUGCCCUUCUCCCGGGAUAACCGCUUCGGGUACCUGACCUUCUGCCCAACCAACCUGGGCACAACCAUCCGUGCCAGUGUGCACAUCAAGCUGCCUAAGCUGGCCGCCAAUAAACAGAAGCUGGAGAAAAUUGCGGCCAAGUACAACCUACAAGUGCGAGGCACUCGAGGCGAGCACACGGAGAGCGAGGGCGGCGUCUACGACAUCUCCAACAAGCGCCGUCUGGGCCUCACCGAGUACCAGGCAGUGAGGGAGAUGCAGGACGGCAUCCUCGAACUGAUCAAACUAGAAAAAGAGGCCUAGGGCGGUCCCUGCAACCAAAGAGGAGCAGAUAGUGCAGCUUCUUUGUUGAAAUUCGCGCAAGUCACAAAUUCAUUGUAAAUAGAGACACAAUAUUAAAGGCGUUCGAAGCCUGU